GAUUCAGCCUUUCUCAAGUUGGCGCCCCCUUCUUGCACUGUGAGGGGUCUCUGAUGCCUGUAAAUGGAUAGCUCAACCUACACACCCAAAUCAUAUCCCCUGUAACCCUUAGCCCCACUCCGCUGAACUCUGGCCUAAAAGUGGACACCUCAGCAGUAUAGACUAUUGUCGAGAGUAUGGACUAGGAAAAGCCCUGAAAGGAGUGUUGGCCCAGGGAGUUCUGGGCACCAGUUCCUGGAGCAUGAUUUAGACGGGGUGGGGAGGAGCUCACAUUCAGCAUACUGUCUCAGCCCUGCAGUUCCCCCUCUAGUAGAGAGAGGCACACCCAGAGGACGGCAAGAGCAUGGCCUUUCACGGUGUGGGAGCCAGGCAGGAGUGCCACUUGCUCAAGUGAUGCUGACUGCGGUGGCCUCCAGCCUGCAUUCUCACACACCUUUAGUGUUUUAUCCAGCCUCAGCCCAGUCAUCCACCUGAAAUACAAACGUGACUUGUCUCUUUCCUUCUUGAAAGAGACUUGAUAGUAUCUGCUCAUCAUGUACAAUGUACAAGGUCUAAACCCCUUCAUAUAGUGUACAAGUCUAGCCAUAGUCUAUCCAAUUCUCCACACUUUAUGUCUUGCCCUCCUCCUUCACAAGCUGCUGAGGUUGUCUGGAUACCUCAGACUUCUUCAUGUCCCCACAUCAUUCCUAUGAUGCUGCCUUUGCCGGGAAACCCCUUCAGUGCCCCCACCCUUCUUAUUUUGUUUCUUAAGAGUUUGCUCUGGAAUUUCUCCUCACAGCCUUCCCUGACUGUACCCACAGUCCUGGGCUGGUUAGCUGUUCUUUCUUUCCAUACCACUGUACACGCUUCUGCGAUAAUCCUCACCAUUUUGUAUGGACAUGACCUCUCUGAAUGUCUAUUUCUACUAUAGUUUAAGACAGAGGAACUGUAUCAUACUUGGUUAUACUUCUAUUUAUAGAACAAUGCCCAGUACAUAUUAGGUGCUCGGAAACUGUUGGGACUGAACUGAUGGUAAUGUGUGUUGUCAAUUCCCACUCAGCCCUGUGUAAAUCAGAUUAGCUUGUUUUUGUUCCCUGCUUUGAUCAGUGGCCUAAAAGUAAUUCAUAAAUAGCUAGUAUUGUCUGGGUACUUAAGAGUAUUUGAUGUAAUAUAAUUUGACUUCUACAUGUGAUCACAUUGCUUUCCUGCUUUAAAAAAAAGACAAGAAAAACAGCUUCGUGUCUCUAGAGAAUGUGGACCCAUCAAAUUUUUUACUAGGGAAGCUGCCAGGGAGAGACUUCUUUUUAUAAUAUAACAAUCAAUACUUUGCUUGUAUUUGUUUUACAAAUUCAGCUGCUCAGUAAGAUUUACUUCAAAUAUAAGGCCAAGAGUCAACACAUGCUUUAAAAAUUGUAUCCUGAAAAUUAAAGUCUAAUUUUGACUUUUAAAAUCUUUUGCUCUAUCCAAAAUUUCUGUUUCCCAUGCAUGCCACUUACAUUCCCAGCUCCUUUCAUUCAGUAUUGUUUCUCCCUGGACUCAAAAGCCGAGCCCUCUUCUCUGCUCUGAGGAGGGUACAUCCUAGGUUUAAACUCGAGUCCUUUUACUCCUUAAAUGGAAGGCUCUGCCUUGCUUUCUCUGAGAUGAAUUGUUCAAUUUAGUAGAAGAAUGGUAUAUUUUAAUUUUUUUAAAUAAAAUAUUUAACAUAUUUUAAUCUUGUUUAUAAAAAUAUCUGGUGGAUUUAAUUAAUUUAACAUAUGUUAUGAUGUUUUAAAAGAAAUUUUAUGCCCAGAACCACCAAAAGUUGACCAUGGGAUGAUUCAAGAGAAACAAGACAGUUAUGCAUACGGACAAUCUGUAACAUAUAAAUGUAUGGAAGGCUUCGCCCUACAUGGAGAGAGCUCUAUCAAUUGUACCGUAGAAGAUGACCAAGGAGUGUGGAGUGGCCCCCUACCUCAAUGCAGAGAAACUUUUUACAAUGUCAUACCAACAGUUCUGAAAUCCAUUGAAGUAAAUGUUCCAGGUACCAAAGUCUUAUCAACUCCUCAGAAACCCACCACUGUAAAUGUUUCAGCUACAGAAACCCCACCAACUCCUCAGAAACCCACCACUGUAAAUAUUUCAGCUACAGAGACCCCACCAACUCCUCAGAAACCCACCACUGUAAAUGUUCCAGCUACAGAAACCUCACCAACUCCUCAGAAACCCACCACAGUGAAUGUUCCAGCUACAGAAACCCCAUCAACUCCUCAGAAACUCAUCACAAUAAAUUCUUCAGCUACAAAGCCCACACUAGUUUCUCAGACAUACACCACUGUAAAUGUUCCAGCUACAAAGGUCCCAUCACCUUCUCAGAAACCUUCCACAGCAAAUGAUUCCGCCACGACAGCCUGGAAUUCCCCAAUAUCAAACACUGUCUCUACAGCAGCUCAGAAUCCCAUCAUGGCAAAUGCUUCUACAACCACACCAACAACCCAAAGAUUCACCCCAGCAAAAUCUUUACUUACACAGAAUCUUAAAGCUACACAGAAGCCCACUUCUAUACAUACGACUGAGGGUCUCCGUAUAACACACAGAUUGACCUCUGCUCAUGUUACAGCAGCAAAAAGCACAGCUGUUCCCAGGACGAGCCCGCGUUUUCAUAAAACAGGCACACCUAAAGGAAGAGGAAGCGCUCCUUCAGUUGCUAGCAUCAUUGCAUCGGGAUGUGUUCCUGUUACUGUAAUAAUUUGUAUCAUAAUUCUAAUCAAAAUUUCCCGAGACAGUGGAAAAUCAGGCUCUUACUCCCCAUGUGAGGACAAAACACAUAGGUGUGAUUCACUAUAACUGGUGAUGCUGCAGAAGUAAGACCUUUGAUUUACAAAAGGACAUAUGUAUAUAACAUUGACAGUUUUGCUUAUGAUGCUAAUAACCGUUGGCUAACUGAGCCAAAGAAGUUGAGAAGAAAGUGUUUUGCAUGUUAUCUUGUUUUUAAGAUGCGUAGGAAUGUCCACGAAGCAAGGAAAGAUGAAUCUGUCCUGGAAUCACAGUCUCAACACUCCUAAGACCCUUGAAAAUAGAACAAUUCAUAAGAUUAAGAGUGAUUACUUUCAUAAAAGUGUGGGAAAGUGGAGAGAUUUGUUCAUGUUUAGAAUGUGAGAAAAAAGAAAAAAAAACUGAAUUUUUUCCACCAAAUAUGUAAUGUUAUUUUUAUUUAUAAAAACACAAAAAAAUUAAAACAAUUGGAUAUUGAAAACAAAUGAACCAGUCUCUUAUAAGGAAAAUUGUCAAAGAGAUAAAACACAUUAUACAAUAAUCUUCCUUGACUAAAGGGCAUUUUUGCUUUUCUUAUUCUAUUAAGAUGAGCCAGAAUUAGUUGGCAAAUUUUUUUAAAGGAAAAACAUGCUGAUGAUCCAAGAGUGUUGAGUUUCUUGGGUUAGUUGGUGACAAAGGAGGAAUAAAGAAUGAAGGAAUAAUUCUUCCUUUUUCAUACAAGCACAGAUAGUGAAUUAGCUCCUUAUUUGUAAGAUAGAUCAGCUAUAAUUUUGUUCUUAGAACAAUUUUUUCUAUUUGAAAAAGAGCCCCCAUGAAAGAGUGAAAGUUGUCUUAGAUUUACUUAAUGGCUUUAAAACUCUGUAGAGAUAUUAUAAUAUUAAUAUAAGAAAAGAUUCUAUAUUUCUGAAGUGAGAUGUUCAUAUUCAAAUUGUAAAUCUUAUUCUUUUGUAACAUUAAGUUUAAUUUAUAUUUAUUUAUGUUUUACAUGUAUAUCAGAAAAAGGUCAAGGAGAUAUGUAAAGAAAAAUUUAUUUUCCCUACAUAGAAAUAACCACAUUUUUGUCUCAUGUGGUAUUUGGCAUUUAUUUUCUUGUGUAAAUUGUUUAUAAAUAAGGGAGUCCCUUCCUGCCUUUCAUAGGAGUUUAGAGUGCUGCCCUUUGGCUUAGUGGGAAUCACUUUUAAUGUAUGACUUGUUAUUGAUUUACCUAAAGACAAUCACAUCAGUUUCCAGAUUCUUAAUAUGUUCUUGUCAUCCUGCCAGUUACAUGUUAAGUGUUGGAAUAGACUAGAAUAUAUGCAUAAAUAAAUUUCACAAUAAUUAUUUUGUCA